AUGGCUCAAUCCGGCUUCCCUAAUGCUGACAGUCCUUUGCCCUGCCCGGCAGUCACCAACAUAAUCCCCGAAAGUUCCCCCGAACAGGUCUGGAGGCAUAACCCGCCAUACGAGAGACAAAGCGAGGGAUUCGGACCAAUCCAGUGGCGUGGGAAGUGUCUUUGUGGGAGGAUCACUUACGUCUUGAACAGAGCCAAACCGCUGAAUGCCAAGUACUGUCAUUGUCGUGGGUGCCAGGUUGCUCAUGGCGCUUCGUUUCAGUGGGCAGCCAUCUUCCACAAGCAUGAGAUGGCUUUUACCAGCGGGGCCAGCGGCUUGGUCUUCUAUUCUUCGACCCAUCACUCCCAGGAGCAUGACUUGCCCACCAAGGUGUAUUGUGCCAAUUGUCGGACACCUAUUAUGGACGAAGGACGGAAGAUGUGUUUGAUCUUUCCUCAAUUGAUUGAGCUCGAGGGAUCGAGUGACGAGCAACGACAGCAGAGGGAGAUUUUCAAACCGACAUGCCAUAUGUUCUACGAGUCCCGCAUGAUGGAUAUUCCUGAUGGUCUCCCCAAAUGGAGGGGAAUGGAAAACUCCAGUGACCUCCUGGACGACCAUGGGAAACUGAUCGAGGUUGAGAAAUGA